AUGUGGGUCCUAUCGCUCCCCUCUUUCAAGUGGAUCAAGAUUAGAAACAAGGCGAGUGAUAGCGCCUACAUUCCAUUAGCGCGAACAUCCCACACCUGCCAUCUCAUUGGGAAACGACAGAUGGUGGUUAUUGGAGGCGCGCGCAGUGCGGCGGCGCAUAAGCAGUGCAAUACAAAGUCGGUAUUUGUAUUCGACCUGACUAGGCUGGUAUGGAGAAAUGAAUUUGACCCCAAUGAGGUUGCGUAUGAGCUGCCGAAGAAUAUCACGGACGUGAUUGGGGGCGACGAAUUUGGGAACGCGGUCGCGAGUCAGAACAAACCCGAUACCUGGACAAAUACAGCUGUUCAGGAUAUCUUCUUCGGCAGUGAUGUACCACAGACAACAGCAUCAAGCACUGCAAUACCAGAUGAUACAACCCCUGAAGAGAGCUCUACUCCAACAGGUGCAAUCGUAGGGGGUGUAGUCGGUGGAGUGGCAGCACUGGCUGCCAUAGCGUUUGGUCUGUUUUUCCUGCGCCGCCGCCGCCGUCGGGGUCCUAUCCACCACAGCCAGGACGAUGAACCCAAGAUAAAUCCCAAUCAAAACGCACAAGAACUUAAUGCAGAUCAGACCGCACUCCAUGAGCUUGAUCCGGAAAAUGCCGCGGUCUACGAACUAGGAGGAGACUACUAUUCCAGGCAGGCAGGUGGUGCUGGUGAAUACUCUGCGCUCAAUGAACUAGACGCCGAGCUACCAUCACCACGAACGGAGACUGUGGAUGGUGUAGAGCGCUUCGUGGAGGGGCCAAAGCUGUCCCCCACUACCAAGAAGCCGGUGGGUGGCUAA